AGUACCGCGAGGACAGUUACGCGGCUAACAAGCGCCUAGUCGCCCGGCGGAUAUCGGCAGGCAUCGCCCGACCGACGACGGACUCGGGCUCCGGACACGGUCUCAUCAAUUUCUCUCCUUUUCCCUCGGCUUCUCGGCUACACUGUUGCGCUUGCGCAUACCUGCUCCUUUUUUUGUUUGUACUCCCCUCUGCCCUCUCGGCUCGCGGGCGUCGCACACCAACACAACGUCUUGUGACGCGCUCUGAGACGCAUGCACGUUUCUCGGUUACUUUUUCUACGUUCGCGCGUAAAUAUUCACGAAUACAAUGAGAUCUUUCAUCUAACUCACCGGAUAUAAUCUCCCAAUAUGAAGUGCUUCACCGCGAUCCUUUUAACCGUAACCUUUGUGACUGGGGCCAUCUCUGAGGCGUCAGUACGGACAUGUGAACCUAUCAAAGUGGCUAUGUGCAAGAAUAUCGGUUACAAUCAGACUGGAAUGCCUAACUUGGCUCGACAUACGCUGCAAGCUGACGCUGAUGUGACCUUACAGACGUUUACACCACUCGUGCAGUACGGGUGCUCACCCCAGUUGGAUUUGUUUUUGUGUACAGUAUACGUGCCCAUGUGUACAGAUAAAGUUGCAUUACCAAUCGGACCAUGUAGAGGAUUGUGUGAGAGCGUAUACGCCAGGUGUUAUCCAGUGCUUAGUGGAUUCGGUUUUCCCUGGCCUGCAGAACUGGACUGUUCAUUGUUUCCCGCGGAAAAUAACCACGAACACAUGUGUAUGGAAGGUCCUGGAGAUCACGCACCGCCUGUAGGUACAAUAUCGCUGGAUUCAUCAAAUACAGGCAGGCCAGGCGCAUGCCAGCGACUCGUAAAACCUAAAAACUGGGUGUGGGUGCGUGGAUCGGGUCGGUGCGCGCAAUUCUGUGAUGCUGAAGUAUUGUGGGAAGCUGGAGAGCGACGAGCUGCAGAGGUGUGGCUCGCGACUUGGGCUGCAUUAAGUUUUGCGUGUACCUUGGCCGCGGUUGGAGCACAGUUGGCUUGUGGCGACCGAGGUGGAGCUGGCGAACGUGCGUUGGUACUGGUAGCCCUGUGCAGAUGUGCCGCAGCCGCUGGAUGGGGUGUUCGCGCUGCGGCGGGCCGUACUGCCGCUGGUUGUGCUAAAGAUUCUAUUAUGCCAACACGAAUGUUGUUAGCACACGAUGGCCUGGCUAAUCCCAACUGUGCUGUUGUCUUUCUUCUCCUGUAUUAUUUCGGACUGGCUGCCUCUGUUUGGUGAGUGAAUAUUUUAGUUAUUUACCUCCUAGA